AGUUUGUGAAAUCAAAACCUUACAGUUGGACGGAAGGGCCAAACAAACGCUUUUCAAGUCAAACUCCCGGUUGUCGGCUGAACAACUUCACCAACAUUGAUUCAAAAAUUACAAAUCUGAAUGAUUUAUCCUUGACGAUCUCCUUGCCACGAUAAAGAAAAUGGCGUAUAAUUUCUGGGAAUCAAUCGGAUUAUCGGUCCACGCUCUUGAGCUCAUCCUCGAGGGCUUCACAUUCAUACCCAUCAUCCAUUAUGUAAUAGCUUUUGUGUGUUUUCUCCUCAUUUUCAUCUACAAUUUCUUGGAGUUCCAUUUCGUUGAAGAUGUUCUCACUCUGUUCCGAGGUUCUCCAGUGUCUCUAACCUACAAUUCUGCCUCUGAAAUUUACCAAGGCGUGGCUUCCAAGUGUAACCUUCUUCAUGGCAGGUACAUGGCGACACCCUGGCUCUCAAGUCCUCAUAUUCAAACAGCUUUUUUGAAUUUCUUUGGGAGACCUCCUGCAGUAAAUUAUAGAAGACAAUUAUUUCAUGCAUCUGAUGGUGGAACUUUUGCUCUGGAUUGGCUAAGAAGUUCUGAUGUUUUGGGAGAUCCAACAUAUGAAGAUGAUGCCUCAUUGACACAUGAUAAAACCCCCAUCGUAGUUGUAAUUCCUGGAUUAACUAGUGAUUCUUCUUCAGCUUACCUCAAGCAUCUUGCCUUCUCCACGGCAGAACGUGGAUGGAAUGUUGUUAUUUGCAAUCACCGAGGACUUGGAGGGAUUUCAGUUACAUCAGAUUGUUUCUAUAAUGCGGGGUGGACAAAAGACACACGAGAUGUCAUCAACUAUCUUCAUCACGAAUAUCCCAAUGCACCUCUUUUUGCUGUUGGAACUAGCAUUGGUGCCAACAUUCUGGUCAAGUAUCUUGGAGAAGAUGGAGAAGAUAUUCCUAUUGCUGGAGCCGUUGCUAUUUGCUCUCCUUGGGACCUUUUGAUUGGCUCAAGAUUCAUAUGUCGCAGGACUGUUCAAAAAUUCUAUGAUAGGGCACUUACUGUUGGUCUUCAAGAAUACGCACAACUGCAUGAAUCUCUUUAUUCCCGACUUGCUGAUUGGGACGGCAUUAUAAAGUCACGUACCAUACGGGAUUUUGACAAUUAUGCUACUCGUCUAGUUGGGAAGUUUGAGACUGUGGAUACAUACUAUAGGCAUUGUAGCAGUGCUCAAUAUGUGACGAAAGUUUCAAUUCCAUUACUAUGUAUAAGUGCUUUAGAUGAUCCAGUCUGUACCAGAGAGGCAAUUCCAUGGGAUGAGUGCAGAGAAAAUAAAAAUAUUGUGCUGGCUACAACACGGCAUGGAGGACAUCUUGCGUUCUUUGAGGGUCUUACUGGAUCUAGUUUGUGGUGGGUGAGAGCCGUGAAUGAAUUCCUUGGCGUUUUGCACUGCAGCCCCUUCAUGCAUACACAAAAGAAGAAUCCUCCACAUUGUGGAUUAGAAUCUUCUGUCGAUAAAGGCCCAUAUGUUAAUAUCGCACAUGGAAUGGUUGCUGCCAUCGGCAAUGAUCCAUUAGCAACUGAUGCUGGAGAAGGUUCAUCCGAAAGGCAGAAAGUCGAUGAUAAGAGAGAUGAUAUAAUUGUACCUGAUGCAGAAGAUCAUGUGGUCACUCGUUCUUGUGGUCGAACCUUUAAGCAGUCUGAGAACAUGAAGGACGUGAAACCACGUGAUAUGAGCGGCAUAGUAAAAUGGUUAGAUCAACUCUUCCAACAAAAUAGAAGAUCAACAUGGAUGCUUGCUUAUAUUGCCAUCAUAUCAACAUUGCCAUUGAUGGGUGCUGCUCUUCACUUCCUCUUUAGGAAGAAAUUUAAGAAGACAAUACCUGCAAAAUCACUCAAGUUAUAGAUCUGCUGCUGGCUUGUAACUUUAUGUAUGUUGAACUGUUAUAAAGGGUAUCUAAUUCAAUAUAUUAUAAAGGCUUCUAAACGGUAUCUAAUUCAAUAUAUUGAUCUGGUGCA